UUGAGAUGUCUGCAGGGAAGAGGACUGCAAGUUCGAAUUAUUCUUCUUCUGUGUAUGAUUGCUUUUAAUAUUAAACCACUGUGGGCUCUUUUGGACUAUAGUCUAUACAGCGGCCCCCCCCCCCCCCUCUCUCUCUCUCUCUCUCUCUCUCUCUCUCUCCAUUUGCAUAGAUUAAAGUCCCCGAGGCACUAGUCCAGAGCCCAAAGGGAGGAGGAGGGAAGAACUAACAAGGUUUGAGGAGAGAGAGAGAGAGAGAGAGAGAGAGAGAGGCGUUUAUGCCUUGGAGAGAUGGAUUUGCUUAGGAGAGAGAAACAGACCAAGUUUUUAAACAAAAAAAAAACAGAAAAAGCAAAAACCGGGGCAGGCCCUUUACUAGCCUUUUACACGUGAUAAAGAAAGCACCAAAAGCAAAUUGCAUGCGUGUAUAAAGAUUCAUCGUCAUCAUCACCCCCUGCCCCCUCUCUCCCCUCUGUCUCUUCUCUCUCCUUGCUCCGGUCUGAAUCUCAACCCAUCAAAAAACCAUUUUUUUUAUAACGAAGUGUUCGAGUCAGUCAACGCGCACUUUAACUAAAGCUAUUAAACCCAUCUUUUAUACCUCCACUUUCUGAAUCUGAGGUUCUGAUUAAAGCCGAUUCUUUGGUGGAUUCAAGCUAUCAUCUUUUCUUUUCUUUCUUUUUUUGUCUUUAAAAGCCCUUCUCCGUUUCAACGGUCACUGUGUUAAGUUGGCCUUACAAACUAAAAAUGGCAAAAGAGUGAAGAUUUGGGAAGGAGACAGCUGUUUGUGUGUGCCAUUUGGUGAACGAAAUAUCUUUUGAACAAGUCUUUGGGGUCUUGGCAAAGCUGUUUCAGUAAGCAAAACUGUUCAUCACAUCAUCGUCAUCAUGCCUAUGAGGCAGAUGAAAGAGAGCUCAGAAAAACACAUUGUGAUCAAACCCCAGUUGCAAAACACCAUGAAUGAAGUUCAGAAACCCUCCAAAGCUGCCCAAAAUGGAAAAGGCCCACCAGCCCAAGAACCCCAAAACACUAAACUCCAUAACCAGACCUCACCUCCUUCAAGGAAUAGAGGUAGGAGGAGGAGGAGAGGCGGCCGGAAAUCGGACCAAGCUGACGUUUUUAUGCGGCCCAGCUCGCGGCCUUGCACCGGAGAGCAUAAGGCGGGUCCCGGCCAGCUGACCGGAGAUGUGGAAGCUGAUAUACCAAAUGGGUCAAUUGAGAAUGGGACCAAUGGCAACUCAUGUGAAGUGGAGAUGGGUUUGGGUUUUCCUUGUUCAAGAAAGUCUUUGAAUUUUGCUCCUAGGCCUGGGUUUGGGCAACUUGGAACAAAAUGUGUUGUGAAGGCCAACCACUUCUUUGCAGAGUUACCAAACAAGGAUUUGACCCAGUAUGAUGUUACCAUAACUCCAGAAGUAGUAUCGAGAACCGUGAACCGAGCUAUCAUAGCAGAACUCGUGAAAGUGUACAAAGAAUCUGACUUGGGGAAGAGAUUGCCAGCUUAUGAUGGUAGAAAGAGUCUUUACACAGCCGGUGAGCUGCCCUUUGUUAGGAAGGAGUUCAACGUUAAAGUUGUUGAUGAAGAGGAUGGAAUCAAUGGUCCUAAAAGAGAGAGGGAGUACAAAGUGGUCAUCAAGUAUGUUGCAAGGGCAAACAUGCAUCAUUUGGGCCAAUUUCUUGCGGGUAAGCGUGUUGAUGCUCCGCAAGAAGCUCUUCAAAUUCUGGACAUUGUCUUGAGGGAGCUGUCAACAAAAAGGUACUGCCCUGUCGGGAGAUCCUUUGUUUCACCAGAUAUUCGGAAACCACAAAGGCUUGGCGAGGGUUUGGAAUCAUGGUGUGGAUUCUACCAGAGUAUUAGACCUACCCAGAUGGGAUUAUCCCUUAAUAUUGAUAUGGCUUGUGCUGCCUUUAUUGAGGCUCUCCCUGUAAUAGAGUUUGUUGCCCAGCUUCUAGGUAAAGAUGUGAUCUCGAGGCCAUUGUCUGAUGCUGACCGUGUAAAGAUCAAGAAGGGCCUUAGAGGAGUGAAAGUCGAAGUAACACAUAGGGGUAAUGUCCGGAGAAAGUACCGGGUUUCAGGAUUAACUUCUCAACCCACAAGAGAACUAGUCUUUCCUGUUGAUGACAACUCAACCAUGAAGUCAGUGGUAGAAUACUUUCAAGAAAUGUAUGGCUUCACAAUUCAACAUACACAUCUUCCUUGCCUUCAAGUAGGAAACCAGAAGAAGGCAAACUAUUUGCCUAUGGAGGCCUGUAAGAUUGUUGAGGGGCAGCGAUAUACCAAAAGGUUGAACGAGAAGCAAAUUACAGCUCUUCUAAAAGUCACAUGCCAGAGGCCAAGGGAUCGAGAAAAUGACAUAUUGCAGACGGUCCAACACAAUGCUUAUGAUCAAGACCCAUAUGCUAAUGAGUUUGGAAUCAAGAUCAGCGAAAAACUAGCUUCUGUGGAGGCACGAGUACUCCCUGCUCCUUGGCUGAAAUAUCAUGAAACUGGGAAGGAAAAGGAUUGUUUGCCUCAAGUUGGUCAAUGGAAUAUGAUGAACAAGAAAAUGAUUAAUGGGAUGCCAGUCAACCGAUGGGCAUGCAUCAACUUCUCACGUGGUGUGCAAGAGAGUGUUGCUCGGGGGUUUUGUAAUGAACUGGCUCUAAUGUGUCAAGUGUCUGGCAUGGAAUUCAAUCCAGAACCUGUGAUUCCAAUCUACAAUGCCAAGCCAGAGCAAGUAGAGAAAGCAUUGAAGCAUGUAUAUCAUGCAAGCAUGAACAAACUGAAAGGAAAAGAAUUGGAGCUUCUUUUAGCUAUUUUGCCAGACAACAACGGAUCCCUCUAUGGUGAUAUAAAGCGAAUAUGUGAAACCGAACUUGGUUUGAUAUCACAAUGCUGUCUGACAAAACAUGUUUUCAAGAUUAGCAAGCAAUACCUGGCUAACGUGUCAUUGAAAAUCAAUGUUAAGAUGGGUGGUCGAAACACAGUUCUUUUGGAUGCCAUCAGCUGUAGAAUACCGUUAGUUAGUGACAUACCGACUAUUAUAUUUGGAGCAGACGUGACUCACCCAGAGAAUGGAGAAGACUCAAGUCCCUCAAUAGCUGCUGUAGUAGCUUCUCAGGAUUGGCCUGAAGUCACAAAGUAUGCUGGAUUGGUUUGUGCUCAAGCUCAUAGACAGGAACUCAUACAAGACUUGUACAAAACAUGGCAUGAUCCUGUCCGAGGCACAGUUAGUGGUGGCAUGAUCAGGGAUCUUCUUGUGUCAUUUCGUAAGGCAACAGGGCAGAAGCCAUUGAGGAUUAUAUUUUACAGGGAUGGUGUGAGUGAAGGACAGUUUUAUCAAGUCCUGCUUUACGAGUUGGAUGCAAUUAGGAAGGCUUGUGCUUCAUUAGAACCGAACUAUCAACCGCCGGUGACCUUCAUUGUGGUGCAAAAACGGCAUCACACCAGAUUAUUUCCUAACAAUCAUAGGGACCGUAGCAGCACCGACAAGAGUGGAAACAUCUUACCUGGCACUGUGGUUGAUUCUAAAAUCUGUCAUCCAACAGAAUUUGACUUCUACCUCUGCAGUCAUGCCGGGAUUCAGGGUACAAGUCGGCCUGCUCAUUACCAUGUUUUGUGGGAUGAGAACAAUUUUACAGCAGAUGGAAUUCAAUCAUUGACAAACAAUCUGUGUUACACAUAUGCAAGGUGCACUCGCUCCGUCUCAGUUGUGCCACCUGCAUAUUAUGCUCAUUUAGCGGCAUUUAGAGCCAGAUUCUACAUGGAACCAGAUAUGCAAGAAAAUGGUGGUGGUGGCAGUCAAGUUGGCAAGAAUACUCAUGCUAAUAGAGAGUCUGGUGUACGGCCAUUACCAGCUCUGAAGGAGAACGUAAAAAGAGUAAUGUUUUACUGCUAGGGAAAAUAUAGGGAUCUGAUAGUGGCCACUUUGUAUAUUGGAUGAUGAUUCGUGCAGCUGCAGUGUUUACAAUCUAGAUCAGUGAUUAUAAAAGAGCAAGAGCUUUAGUUUC